GACCGCAGCUAACUCUAACACGGGAGACAUUUAUCCGAAGGCGCAACGACUUAAUUUUCGAACUUAUCCGGUUUACUUAAAAAAAAAUUAAUCUACUUAUAAUGGAACCCUUCCAUAAAGCUUUGAGUUGUUUACUGUAUAUUUCUAUUUUUAUUUUGUGCUCCAGUGGUAAAGUUAUCGAAGUCAAUAGCGAUGAUUUGAUUUCUCAUGAGAGUACGGCACUUCAAAUAAAAUCUGAUCAAAAUCAAGACAUGGGUCUAGAGCCUCGUCAGGUGAAAACUAGACUGACGAUUGUUCGGAGGACUCGACUUCAUCACAAACCAAAUCUAAGAAAAUUUCCAAAAGGAGCUGUAUACAAAAAAUAUAAAGUGCCUCCCAUAUACGUGACGUACAGAUGUCCGCCGAAAAUCGGAUUGUUGCUGUGCAGGGCUAGUUGCGAGAAAAAAAGGAACACGAUAGGAUCUUGCGAUGGUGGCGUCUGCGUGUGUCUUCUCCUCACACCCGGAUUCCGGGGCCCAGGUGUCUUUGUAAGGAGAGCAAACUGCAAGAUACAAAAGGCGCUAUGCCAUCGGUUCUGCGUAUUCCAGUUCGGGCGGAGCGCCUACGGCGCCUGCAGGAAGAGCAGGUGCAGAUGCAUCACGAACCCCGCGAUCUCGGCGCGGAACCGGGGGACCGCCUGCGAGCAAGCGCGGAGGCGGUUGGCGUACCUGGAGGCCCGCCUCAGGGCCAUCCUCCGGAAGCGACCGUCAGCCCGGACAGCUGCCGAGAGGCGGCUUCUCAGAGCGGUCCGAAGAGCACCGCAAGUUAUAAAACGCUUCAGGCGCGGCCGACGACCGACCAGGAAGUCCAAAUCCGGGGGCAAGAAGUCGUCAUCGGGCAAGAAGAAGAAGAGGAAGGACGACGACGAUGAUGAUGACGAUGAUGACGACGAUGAUGAUGGCAAGGAUAAAGAGGACGAUGAUGAUGAUGAUGAUGAGAAAGAUGACCCUGCUGUACAGGCGAUAAAGGACCCCAAGAAGCAACAAGAGCUUGAUCGUGAUGAUCCUAAGAACUACCCCGGUGACCAGUACUUGGACCCAGAACAGCAAGCUCUUGUCGAAGAUGCCAGGCUUCGGGAGCAGCAGCGGCUUCGGGACCUGGAGAACAAGCGGCCCGAACUCGAUGAAGGAGCGUGCCCGAUGAAACCAGGCGAAAGCGAGGCAGAGCGGCAAACCAGGGAGCUAGAAAAGCUGCUUCAAGAACAGCAAGACCAAGAUGAUGAGUACGGUACGCAAUUCGAGGACGCAUUCGAGACUGCGAAACCGAAGAGGACUCAGCAAAGCGAACUGGCCUCCCAGAAACAAUUCGAUCAGGCUCAGUUGCUACCCUUCGUCGGGGACUUCUUGGAGCACACAGACCAUUAUUUCAGGAAAAAGGAAGAGCCUCCCCGCGAGAAAAUCUCCCGCAACGCCGCGCAGUCCGACUUCCUCCUCAUCUGAGGGCAAUGUUGCCGUAUUUUCUGGAACAACCUGCCAACGUUGCACUAGAGUCCCUUUAUACUGAGAGUCAAG